GUCCGGUCAUGGAGCCGGUAGAGGCCUGGACCCCCGGGAAGGUGGCAGCUUGGCUGAGAGGCCUCGAUGACUGUCUGCAAGACUACCCCUUCGAGGACUGGCAGCUGCCUGGCCACUACCUGCUCCAGCUGUGCCCCCGCAGCCUCGAGGCUCUGACCGUGUGGCCUCUGGGCCACCAGGAGCUCAUCCUGGACGGCGUGGAGCAGCUCCGGUCCCUCAGCUCCGGGCUGCAGUCGGAGAACCUGCAGAGCCUGACACAGCGGCUGCUGGAGGGGACCGAGGCCUUCCGGAGCUCGGUCCAGGGCCGCCUGGGGCACUGCGCCGAGACCCCUGCUGACGUGCUCAGCGCGGCUGUGGAGCUGGUCCGUGAGGCCCAGGCUCUCCUCUUCUGGCUCAACAGGUACCUCUUCUCCCAGUUAAACGACUUCUCGGCCUGCCAGGAGAUCGGAGCGCUGUGUGCGGAGCUGGGCCAAGUCUUGCAGGAGGACUGUCCAGCGGCCGAGAGGGAACACAAAGUCCUGAGGAUUUGCAGCCACGUGGCCGGCAUCUGCCACACCAUCCUGAGCUGCAGCCCCGCGGAGCUGCUGGGACAGAAGGCCGUGCUGGAACAGGUGCAGCUGGCAGUGCCUUCGGACCUGGAAAUCCACACCACCAGCAACUGCCUGCACUUCGUGUCCCGAGUGGGCACCCAGGUCCCCUCCGACUCCCGGCAGCAGAUCCUGCCUGGAGACGAGAUCAUCCAGAUCAACGAGCAGGUGGUGGUGGCCUGGUCCCAUAAGAACGUGGUGAGGGAGCUGCUGCGGCAGCCAGAGGGGGUCAGCUUGGUGCUGAAGAAGAUCCCGGUGCCAGAGACGCCCCCGAAGACACCCCCUCAGGCUCUGGACUCGCCACGCCUGGGAAGCCAGUCACCGACUCUGGCCCCGCUGUCUCCCAGGGCCUCACCCAGAGAUGCCUUUGCCUUUGACCUGACUUCAAACCCAAGUCCUGGGCCGACCCCUACCUCGACAGAUUCUACCUCGCUUGACUCUGAGCCGCUGCCUAUCCCCUCUGAGCCCCCAGCCACAGUCCCGGCAGAGGUGGCAGAGACCCCGGGCCCCCCAGGAUACGCUGACAAGGUGAGCUCAGGGGCUCAGUGGGGAGGGGUGCAGACUCUGGACCCGCAUCCUCCUCUAUCCCCUGCAUUGUCCUUUCAGAGUCCUGGCCUUGGUGGGAAGAAAUCAAAAGGCGUGGCGACAAGGCUGAGCCGCCGGCGGGUGUCCUGCCGGGAGCUGGGCCGGCCCGACUGUGACGGGUGGCUCCUGCUGCGCAAGACACCCAGUGGCUUCAUGGGCCCACGCUGGCGCCGCUGCUGGUUUGUGCUCAAGGGACACACGCUCUACUGGUACCACCAGCCCCAGGACGAGAAGGCCGAGGGCCUCAUCAAUGUCUCCAACUAUAGUCUGGAAAGUGGACAUGAUCAGAAGAAGAAAUAUGUGUUCCAGCUCACCCACGACGUGUACAAACCCUUCAUCUUCGCUGCUGACACCCUGUCGGAUCUGAGCAUGUGGGUACGCCAUCUCAUCACCUGCAUUUCCAAGUACCAGUCUCCAGGCCGACCCUCGCCAGCCAGAGAGGAAGACUGCUACAGUGAGACAGAAGCCGAGGACCCAGAUGACGAGGCUGGGUCCCGCUCAGCCUCGCCCAGCCCUGCGCAGUCUUGGAGUCCACUGCACAGAGACACGUCACCAGCAACCACACCCACACAGCGCAGCCCGCGGAGCUCCUUCGGGCCCCCAACAGACAGCAGUGAUGGGGCGUUGGAAGGAAUGGUACGGGGGCUGAGGCAAGGCGGCGUGUCUCUCCUGGGCCAGCCACAGCCCCUGACCCACGAGCAGUGGCGAAGCUCUUUCAUGCGGCGCAACCGGGACCCCCAGCUCAAUGAGCGAGUGCACCGCGUGCGAGCGCUCCAGAGCACGCUCAAGGCAAAGCUGCAGGAGCUGCAGGCCCUGGAGGAAGUGCUGGGCGACCCCGAGCUGACCGGAGAGAAGUUCCGCCGGUGGAAGGAGCAGAACCAGGAGCUGUACUCGGAGGGCCUGGGGGCCUGGGGAGUGACUCCGGCCUCUGUCCCCCUGCCCUCUGACCCUCAGGAGCACUCUCAUCUCUGCCCCUUGACCCCAGACGGCACCCUCUGACCUCCCGACUUCUGACGGGGGCCACUGUCUUAGCUCCUGCCCCUGAUGAACACCUCAACCCCAUCCUUGACCAUCUGGGACAGCACAUCCCUGGGUUCCACUCGAGGCCGGGGCGGUGCCGUCCACGGCCCCCCGCCCCAGGUGGAGUUCCCGCCUUCUGCCUGUUGCUCCUGGAGUGGGGUACAGUGGAGUGAGCCUCGUGCCGCCCUAUCCUCCCCGCCAAAGAGGGGACUCCCACCCUGCCCAGGGCUGCUCUCCCUUCCCCAAGCCGGGCCUGUUCAGGUGACUUUGAUUUCACAGGAGACACAUUUCAGCCAAAUAAAGCCAAUUCCUCC